AGGUCUAUGGUCUGUUACAUUUUGCACGUUCUUCGCACAGAAAAACGUGCACUUUGCCAGAAAUAUGGCUAUCCGUUUCGCUCUUCUGUUGUCUUGUGCCGUCGCCUUGGCGUCAUCCGAGUACCCUCGUUAUUCAGAACUGUGGGAGCCAGCCCACACAGCGCAGCGCUGUUCAACGGACCGCGAGUGCAGUGGUGGACGGAGAUGUGUUCCUCACCGUGACGUGACAAUUGCGUGCAGGAACGCCAGCUUCUGCGUCAGAGCGUACAAAGACACCUGCGACUGUCUGACGGGUUUCACCUGCCGACGUAUGAACUGCAACACGACGAAAUUCGAAUGCAUAAAAGUGAAGAACCUGGAGACACGCUGCCAUUCCUACAGGGGUCCAUACUGUGGCCAAGAUGAGAUCUGUGCAUAUGAGAAGACCGAACUGAGGUGUAUAUUCAACUGCACCUGUUACGGCCAAUACAAAGCAGUGUGUGCUCGUAAGCUGGGCCAGGAGCCAUGCAAAGACGGGAGUAUUGCCAUCGUAACGCCUGGUGUUCCUGGAUACGUGUGCGACCCCUGCCGCUCUGAAACCGAGGUGCUCACAGCUGCACGCGGUGACUGACUGAAUGGCUGGAAGACUUCUCAUCGGGGGCGCUUAGAUGUAGUAAUGUGUAGCAAAAAUUAUUUUGCAAAUCUAGCAGAGCCUCCAGAUGAAAAUAAAGAAAAGAAAUAUCCUUUCGUAUCGUUACGGAGCGCUGGUUAUGACGCCCAUACGAGACGAAUAUUUGCUUACCCUAACUAGUACAUGUACCCGAACUAUAACUUUCGUUAUUCAUGUCGCACUGUCGAGCAAACCCUGCCCCCCCCCCAAAAAAAAAGAAAGUACCAAUCUCGCGUUUUUAAGUAACCUUGCGCAAUUUAAUGUACGACAGAAGCCGUACAACAUACGAAAACGCUAUAGUUAAAGUACUGUAGUGGACAUUACUCAUAGAGCCCCUCGGUGGAAGAAGA